CUGGUCUCUCCAGGGGUGUGGCAGCGAGGCUGUUCUCGCGACUUUUGCUCUACCCUUCUGCUGUGCUACUCUUGUCGCGAGACUUCCUGCUCAUCUGCCGCUCCCUUUGCCGCCGCCUUGGCCGGGGACCUGAACCCAGCCUCUCCCCUACCCGAACACCGUCCCCGGCUCUACUGAGGCCCCGGUCCCCCAGCCCCGUCUCGCCGCCGCCAUGGCGGACCCUAAAUACGCCGACCUUCCCGGCAUUGCCAGGAAUGAGCCAGAUGUUUAUGAAACCAGCGACCUACCUGAGGAUGAUCAAGCGGAGUUCGAUGCGAUCUUCAAGACACUGCUGGAGUGGGUGCUACUGGAGGACUAGAUUGUGCCCCCGGGCAACAGCCUUGGAGAGGCUCCAGAGGAUGCCAGUGCCAGGUAGCCCAGCUGGCCCAGGACGCUCCCACAGCAGGGAUGAAAAUGCUGUCUGUCCCUGGGACGACUGUCCAGAACCUCUGAGACUUACCGUCUGUGUGUGGACCCUCUUUUACUCCCUGCUUUCCCUACUUAAGAACAUAAAUAAGAAAGAGGAGCUGACAAGCACAAGUGUGGAGCACAUCAUUGUCAAUCCUAAUGCUGCCUAUGACAAGUUCAAGGACAAGAGAGUGGGGACAAAGGGACUUGAUUUCUCAGAUCGUAUUGGAAAAACCAAGAGGACAGGCUAUGAAUCUGGAGAAUAUGAGAUGCUUGGAGAGGGUCUAGGAGUGAAGGAGACACCCCAGCAAAAGUACCAGCGCUUACUGCAUGAGGUCCAAGAGCUGACAACUGAAGUUGAAAAAAUCAAGACGACAGUGAAGGAGUCAGCCGCAGAGGAGAAGCUGACCCCUGUGGUGCUGGCUAAACAGCUGGCAGCCCUGAAGCAGCAGCUAGUUGCCUCCCACCUAGAGAAGCUGCUGGGACCAGAUGCUGCAAUCAACCUUACUGACCCCGAUGGUGCUCUGGCUAAGCGCCUACUGCUGCAGCUGGAAGCAACAAAGAACAGCAAAGCGAGCUCAGGGGGAAAAACCACUGGGACCCCCCCAGACAGCAGCCUUGUCACUUAUGAACUACAUUCUCGGCCUGAGCAGGACAAGUUCUCUCAAGCUGCCAAAGUCGCAGAACUUGAAAAGCGCCUGACAGAGCUGGAGGCAGCUGUACGUUGUGAUCAGGAUGCUCAGAAUCCCCUUUCUGCAGGUCUACAGGGAGCCUGUCUCAUGGAGACUGUAGAGUUGUUGCAAGCAAAAGUGAGUGCCCUGGACCUUGCAGUUUUGGACCAAGUGGAGGCUCGGCUACAGAGCGUCCUGGGAAAGGUGAAUGAGAUUGCUAAGCAUAAAGCCUCUGUAGAAGAUGCAGAUACACAAAGCAAGGUGCACCAGCUAUAUGAAACUAUACAGCGCUGGAGCCCCAUUGCCUCCACCCUCCCUGAGCUGGUGCAGAGACUCGUCACCAUCAAGCAGCUGCAUGAGCAAGCCAUGCAGUUUGGUCAGCUCCUGACACACUUGGAUACCACCCAGCAGAUGAUUGCUAAUUCUCUGAAGGACAAUACCACCCUCUUGACCCAGGUGCAGACAACCAUGCGUGAAAACCUGGCCACAGUUGAGGGGAACUUUGCCAGCAUUGAUGAACGGAUGAAGAAGCUGGGAAAGUGAGCACAUGUGGGAACUGGAGAACAGGGGUAAUCCCUACCCCUGUGAACUCUGCUAACAGCUUACAUAGGGUUUCCCUUUUACUGUAACUCUAGCAUCCCCAUCCCAUUUGAGACUGGGGGCAAGGGUUCUUCUUGCAUGUGGGGUUUAUACCCCUCCCCUGAUGAAUACAGAGUGGUAGCUGGGGGUUGGUUAUUAGAAGGUGGUCUCCCCUCAGGCCUGAGGGAUGAGGACGUGGACCCAGCCACAUGCCAGCUCAUGUCCAAUACUGCUUUGCCUGGUGUGGGGAAGGAUUGGGUCUUGUCCUCCAACACAGCUUCUGUGGCUGACUAUAAUAGUGUACAACCAUUUCUGACCAUUAAAUGCUGUUGUACUCUG